AACACCAAAGAAAAAAACAUUUCAUAUCCACGUUUCUUGCUAUAUAUCACAACUUCCAAAUCUUUGAUUAGACCAAAUCAUCUAGGUAUAACAGUAUGUAUACGCGCGCUACCGAAAACUACUCCAAAAGUCUUAACAAAUCUCCCCUUGAUUUCCUCACUUUCACUUUAUAAAUCAAAAGACUCAGACUUUGGGGAUCAUUCAAUUCACAGUCGAGAGACACUUCUUGUCGUUUCAACCAAGAUGGGAAGGGUUUUUAUCGUGGAUCUGGAAGGGCAAAUCUACAGUUGCAAACACUGUAACACCCAUCUUACAAAAGAACAAGACAUCAUGUCCAAGUCAUUUCAAUGCAGGUAUGGACAAGCUUAUCUCUUCAAUGAAGUUGUAAACAUUUCAACUGGAAAUGAAGAAGACAGAAUGUUGAUGACGGGACUUCAUACGGUAACUGACAUCUUCUGUGUUGGUUGUGGAUCAAACGUUGGCUGGAAAUACGUGACUGCCCAUGAUAUUAACCAGAAAUACAAGGAAGGAAAAUCAGUUCUUGAAUUGUAA